CGCUUCCGAUUCCCCGCCCCGGGGAUGGGUCCCCAGUCGCCGCUGCCGCCGCUGGAGCCGGGGCGCCGCCCGCAGCGGGGCAAGUGGUACCGCCUGUCGCCGCGCGGGGACCGGCCCUGCGGCCGCGUGGGCCACGGCUGCGUCCUCCUGCCGGGCGGCGGCGCCGGCCGCGUCCUCAUCCUCGGCGGUGCCGACCCCGGCGGCGCCUUCGCGGACGCGCACUUCGUGGAGCUGGGCGCGCACCGAUGGACCGCGGCCGGGUGGAGCGGGCUGCGGCCGCGCUAUGAGCACGCCACGUUCGUGCCCGCUGCCGGGGCCCCGCGGGUGUGGGUCUUCGGGGGCGCCCACCCCGCCGGGAACAGGAGCUGCGUGCAGGUGCUGGACCCGGAAAUAGGAACCUGGGAGAGCCCUGAAGUGAGUGGGGAGCAGCCGCUGCCCCGGACGUUCCACACGUCCUCAGCAGCUGUAGGAGAGCGUCUGUACGUGUUCGGAGGGGGAGAGAAAGGAGCAGAACCGGUCAAAGACCAGCGGCUUCAUGUGUUUGACACAGCCACCCUGACCUGGUCCCAGCCAGAUACUCACGGUGACCCCCCUUCUCCUCGGCACGGACACAUCGUGGUUGCUGUUGGGACCAAACUCUUCAUCCAUGGAGGUUUAGCUGGGGACGUGUUUUACAAUGACCUGUUCUGCAUCGAUACAACUGACAUGAGGUGGGUGAAGAUACCAGCCACCGGUGACAUCCCGGGAGGACGAGCAUCCCACUCAUCAGCCGUGUUUAAAGACCACUUGUACAUUUUUGGUGGAAUAGGUCCAGAGGGGACACUGGACACCAUGUACCAAUAUCACACAGAGAAGCAGCAGUGGACACUUCUACAGUUUGAGUCCCCUCUGCCUGCUGGGAGGCUGGACCACGCCAUGUGUGUCAUCCCCUGGAGGGGUGGGAAGAGUGAGAACAAAGGAGCUGCCCCUGGGGAAGCCACAGCUGGUUCCCUGCCGAAGAGCCAGGAUGAGGGGCAUGCUGGGGACACAGUUGUGCAUCUGCUGUUGGUAUUCGGUGGGAUGGACACCCAGGGGGAGAUAUACGGGGACUGCAUCGUCAGCCUGAUCGAAUAGCAGAGCUGUGCUCCUGCACAGCACCAGCCUUUUCUACACACUUUUAUACUGUUGGGUUAUCUCUUUGCAAUAAAGAAGUUCUUACCCUCAAA